UGUAACGCACACGAACCAGUCAUUCGCAAAUUCAGCUAGACUAAGUCCUGAUGCAUGUAAUUAGCAAAUAGAACCGGUCUACAAAGACCUCAUGAGGCACUAUUUAAAAUAACGGCUUCAAUGGAAAUUUUUGAGGUAAUCUUAAGAGAGAAAGGUACACUAAUAUUAAUUCAAAUGUCUUUAUUUGAUGUAUGUCAUUUACUCAUGCCAUUAGAAUUAAGACUGAUAUGUUUGGUUAUGCGGAUGGUAUUUUUUGCAUUAUAUUCCAAGGUAACACAAUAAAGACGUAUACGCGAACUACAAUUUUAUAAACAAACAAUCAUUACAAAUGUACAAAAUGUCGAUACCAUAUAUUUGCAUGGCACAUAUGUUUGACAUAAAUCACGAGAAGUAUAGCACAUCAUUAAAUUCGCAUGACUAGGGCUUGGUGCGUUGUUUUGUCGUUUAUUGUGUUCUUGGAAAGGUAUGGCCCUAUAAAGGGCUUCCGGUGGCGGACAUAUUGGUUGUUUGUUUUUUGUCGUCUGUGUUUUUGCUAAAUAUCUCGAUGUGCUGACUCUUCUAAAAGAUUGUGUUGGGUGUGUAGUUGUGUGUUGUGAAGCCUAGAAAUGGUUUAGUGGACUAGUUCAUGAAAACCCAUGGAAAUACAGCUGAAAAACGUCAAGCAAAUGUGAGUCUAUAUCUUUAUGAAACAUUCUAUUUUUAGAGAAAACCUAAGCUAAAUUUAGAAACAAACAGUGUGCACUACGGUAUAAACUGCUUUAAAUCUGCUUUAAUCUGCUAUUGUCAUCGCGCCCACCGACUGCCCAAUCUACACUGCUCAAAUAAAAAAGUGUAUCACGAUGAGUUUUGACGAAUCUACACCGAAUGCUGCUGCGAAAACCAAAAGGACAAUUUCAGUCUUGUCCACCCCUGAGCAGGGGGGUGAUCAAAAGAAGAAUAGGUUUGACAGCGGCUCAGGUUGCGAUUUUAAUUAUACCUUUGACAACAUGGCAGAAAUCGAAAAAGCUGAGGUCAACCUAGAUGAAAAAACCAUGAAUUCAAUUAUUAAAGCUGUUAAAGAGUCCGUUCAAGCAUCUUUCUCAAACCAAAUGCAAAGCAUGUUGGAAUCAAUUGCAGCCGGGGUUGUAGAAAGGCUAUCCAAUCGGAUCGAGUGUCUUGAAAAUGACAACCAGGUACUACGCAACGAGAACAACAUGUUGCGAGAUCGAGUGACUGACCUGGAAAACCAGAUGUAUGCCGGCGAGCAAUACAGCAGGCGUAACAAUGUUCGAAUCUUUGGUGUCCCGGAAAGCCCAGAGUCAAAUGAAUGCACGGAUGAUGUUGUGAUGAGCUUGUGCAAGACUCUUGGCGCUGAUGUGUGUAUCAAUGAAAUUGAUCGGUCACAUAGAACCGGUAAACGCGGCGGACGCAAACCUCGACCUAUUAUAGUAAAGUUUACCAGCUACAGGGCCAAACAAAAGAUGUACACCAAACGACGUGACCUAAAGACAUGCAGCGGGCUCGAGCACAUCUUCAUUAACGAAGACUUAACACACCACCGCUCGCAGCUGCUUUUCGUCGCACGUGGACUGGCGAAGUCCAAAAACAUUCAAGGUGCCUGGUCAUCGGAUGGCAAUAUUCUGAUUAAGGUAACUGAGCAAGGCGAAUCGACCGUCAAACGCAUUGGAUGUGAAUCGGAACUUGAAAAAUACAAACUCAUGUAAAUAUAGUGCUAUACUUUUUUUAUCAGUAUAUAUUCAAUCCGCUGUUGAGCCUUUUACAUGCACGUAUAUCACGUGUUUUCACCCUCUGUGUUUAUGUAUUUACCACUUGAGUAAGAUAGCAAGUCCCGUUAUCAUGUGUCACCUUUUGUCUGUAAUUAAAAUAACCCUGAACAAUUUGUUAACCAGCGCCUGAAGCAAAUAUGCAUGAGUUAUAAACAUAAUGUAAAAUUUUAAUUUUCCUGAAGUGGAAAUAUUUAUGAAAAAAAACAUUAUGCAUAUGUACUAUGUACUUCUCAUCAAAAGUAAAUAAUUUGUAUUUGUCAUAAGUUUACCUUAUAAUAAUAUGAUGUUGCUACUGUCCCUUCUAUUGACCUUUAUUUGACCUUCAUUUGAUGCACGAUUUCCUGUAGUGUUUUGUUUUCAAUUUCAUAGCCUGUGACUUUCGUGACUUUAGUUGUAAAUCUCGAUAUCACUUGGUACCGUAUGCUUAUAAUUAAACCAACGCUGAUUUGUAAAUAACGAAACGUACAAAUGAUACGAUCUCAUAUGGUAGUCAAUGAAAAUAUGACUUCAACAUUUCCAUUUCUAUCUCAAUAACAUAUUAACAUGUUUGCCUGGCUUCUUAUGUAUAUUGCAUAAAACUUGCCAUUGUUAUGUCGUACAUUGUGUACAUAAUAAUAUUUUACUAUGUAUCUUUAGUAAAUCAAAUGCUUUUUACAUUGAUAACUAAACACAUGGUUGUUUUUUCUCCAUUGAGAAAAAGUACAAUAAAUACUAUAUCUAGUAUUGUCAUUAAAACUUACAAAAUACUACAUCCAUUAAUAUAAUACUACUAACAUAUAUUGGCUUAUACGCUCUAUGAUUUUAAAGUUUAAAUCAUUGGCUUCUAUUAUAAUUUUGGUAUCUUGGUUGAUAAUAUAAAGUUAUGCAAGUAGUGUCAAAACUUUUAAAACAUUCAAUGUGUAGAUCCAGGCUUGAUU